AUGUCGCACAUCAUCUACUCACUCGGUUUCUUAGUGCCCUAUCCCGGGCGGCUCAACCCUCUGGACGGUCUCGUCUGCAUGCCGCCGCCCCUCAAAGAAGGGGAGGACCCUGCCAGAUCCAGUGAUAUGUUCAAGUACUUCCUCAAGGUGGUGCUGACGCGCUUCCGCUUCUGGCACGGGGGAACUGUGAAGACGAACCAGUACUCCAUCAGUGAAUACUUCACUCCCUCCUCACCACAAUCUAUCGCCCUGCCAGUCUACUUCCUGUACUACCGCUCGCCCAUAGCAGUGAGCAUCACCGAGUCGCACCAAAGCUUCUUCCACUUCCUCACUCGACUCUGUGCCGUGCUAAGGGGCACCUUCGCCCUCAUAGGUGGGUGGGGUGCACAGGUGGGUGGGGCGCACAGGUGGGUGGGGCGCACACGUGAGUGGGGCGCACAGGUGGGUGGGGCGCACAGAUGGGUGGGGCGCACAGGUGGGUGGGGCGCACAGGUGGGUGGGGCGCACAUGUGGGUUGGGCGCAUAGGUGGGUGGGGCGCACAGAUGGGUGGGGCGCACAGGUGGGUGAGGCAUACACGUGGGUGGGGCGCAGAGGUGGGUGGGGCGCACAAGUGGGUGCAUGGCAGGGGCACAUUUGCACUCGCAGGCCCAGUUUUGAAUCGACUCUAG